AGAAUUAUAUAUAUAUAUAUAUAUCGAAAACAGUAGAGUGAGGUGUAUACAAUUGAGCUAUCACGGGCAGUUCAAUAGACUAUGGUUAUUUCAAAGGCAAUAUUGAUGAGUCUAUACUGCUGACAGAGCGCCCGACUGCCAGUAAACUCAGCUCAGCUUUCAGCUAUAUAUAUAUAUAUAUAUACAUGUAAACAAAUAUAUCUGCAGGAAGUUAAAAGGGUGCUAAAUAUAACUUGCGAGACACCCCGACUUCAAUACCAUGGCGGUGUUUAGCGUAUCGUUACCCGUGAGAUACCUAUUCAGCAUAGCACUAUAUGUGUGCUUAGUAUCGUCAACUGAAGCUGUUGUAGUAGAGAUGCAACAGAGCAAAUCACUCUCUGGCAUGAGCACAAGUGAGCACUUCCCCACACAGCCAGCGACAUCCGGAUCUCGUACAUUAAAUACACACACGCUUACAUCACACUUAUCACAUUCAACACGUACAUUGCAACAUCUCAGCGAAGCAACUGAAGUUAAUGGCAGGUCCUAUGCACAGCUGUACGACGCGGUUGGCUCGUACUGUGAAGAAUGGGCCGUUCGCUUCAAUACAAUAACCGAUGCUGAGCAGAGGCUGCAACGUUUAGAUGCAUUAAAACGGGGCGCAGAGCGGGGAGAAAGUGGAGAGACAUAUAACAAUAUCAAUAGGUAUUACCAUGAUGUGGCAGAUGAUGUUGCGCGGCGACAUAACAUGCUACACCUAGGCCAGGUACGUCUACCUCUGAUAGGCCGUCUGUCAGUUGGUAUACGAAGAUAUAGUAUAAUUCAAUAGGUUGCAAGGAUAGUAGUAUCGAAUACCUGCUACAGGAAGACUCGCCCUUUCCUAGAAUGCCUAGAAUUUAAGUUCUAUAUCAAUUGGUAAUUGUCGUGCAACUAAUUUACAUGUCUAUAAGAAAUUGUAAGAAUAAAUAUAUUUUAA